UGCCACGUUAUCACAGCCCGAGAGUAAAUACAGACCUGGGGAACGCAUGUUUCUUUCCUUUCUUUGCAACCUAACCAACGCUGCGCUUGCCUUGUAAUGACAGGCCUUAACGUAACCCUGGGUUAUUUCAUCAGUGUGGCAGUAGGAUGUGGAUUUGCCAAUGCCCUGGUGACACAACGGAGGCCACGAUGGCGCUUUCUGUCUGAAUUUAUUGCAGCGUUUGCACUCGCGGCAUGUCGCCUGGAAGUGCAAACCAUUUCCGAGAUUGGUCAGUGGGCAGAAGGCCUGGGGCAGGACGUUACUCUCACCAUGCUUUUCCUUGCCUUGACUGUCCAUGGAGUCAUCAUGCAAGGAGUCACAGGAAACCCUUCAGUUACUCUAAUGGGGUAUUUACAAAAAGAGACAGGAGCAGUAUCGUCUUCUCUUAGCAUAGCAGGUCAGCUCGGAGGGGCCCAUCUUGCCCUGCUCUUUGCUGGAUGGUACUGGGGGAUGGAGCUCACAGACAUGCAUAUGAUCAAGGUCAUGAUGAUGACUCAGUGCAGUUCAUCACUAAAUGUGUCCCUGGUUCAGGGGACCAUCACAGAGGCUGUAAGUGCAAUGCUUUUUUACCUGGUAGACCUCAGUCUUCGCCGCAGGUCACAGCUGCUACGGAUUCCCAUUUUGUCCAUGCUGCUCACCUUCCUCUAUUACACAGGAAACAACUACACUGCUGCCUUUGUGAACCCAUCACUUGCUUAUGCACUUACAUUCAAAUGUCCUGGACACACCUUCUGGGAAUAUGCAGUAGUCUACUGGAUUGGGCCUGUCAUUGGCAUGACUCUGGCCUUGCUUGUCUACAUGGGUAACAUCCCUUUACUUUUCACCAAGAACCUGUUUUACUCAAAAAAGACACAAGUUCGCCUCCCAAAAAGAAAGACAGCAGAAGAGAAAAGUUCAUGAGACAC